AUCAAGGUUAACAUCUCAGUCCCUAUCGUUUGUAACAAAAAAAAAAAAAAGGAAAAGAAUUUUUGUUUGAUAAAAUAAAAAUAAAUUUAAAAAAUUGUUUCAUUUAAACAUUUUUGUGCUUCAAACAUAUACAAUGGAGAAAUUGAUGAUGAUGAGAUCUCUCUGCCGUUCGAUCUCACGCCGAUCUUUAACUUUCGUCGCUCCGGCCACCAGCGUAACCACUAACCACCACCUCCUCCGCCGUGGAUUCCAUCAUUCUCCGUCUUCACUUAUUUCCAACACUCGUUCUCCUUUUAUGGGAAUUGGAAGUACACGUUGUUUCAGCGAUGGCUUGACACACUUGCCGGAAAUAAAAGAUGGUGAUAUCAAGCUUGCCUUCAAGGAGCUAAUGGCUGUAAACUGGGGUGAAUUACCAGACGCCGUGGUAAAUAAAACUAAGCGAGCAUUGUCUAAAAGCACCGAAGACAAGGCUAGCCAGGAGGCAUUAGCCAACGUUUUACGUGCUGCAGAGGCAGUUGAAGAGUUCAGCGGGUUCCUUGUGACUUUGAAAAUGGAAAUUGAUGAUAGUGUUGGGUUGAGUGGCGAGGAUGUAAAACCUUUAACAGAUGAUGUUGCUAAUGCGUUAAGUGUAGCAUUUGGACGCUACUAUGCAUAUUUGGACUCUUUUGGACCAGAUGAGGGUUAUUUAAAGAAGAAAGUUGAGAAUGAGCUAGGAAUGAAAUUGAUACACCUGAAAAUGAGAUGCAGUGGUCUUGGUGGUGAUUGGGGAAAGGUGACUGUUCUGGGAACAUCUGGAAUUUCUGGUUCAUACAUCGAGCACAGAGCUUAAUCAUUGACUUAAUAAGAGAUGCAUCAUGGCCUCUAUCUUGUUUGUUGUCUUCAGAAACUCUGUUCAUAUAGGCUGCUUUCUUUUCCUGCCAAUCAACGUUUGCAUUUGUUUCUAUCGACAUUGGUUUGGUUGGAUUUUGUUCUCUGCUCUUCAAUCGAAUAAUAGCAGAAAAACCAUAAUGAUAGAAUUAGUGUUUUGCUUUGAA